AUGGUGCCUCUUCUCGUGGCGCUGCUGGCGAGCUGCAUGUUCACGCUCAGCUUCGGCACCAGCUCGCGCGAGUGGUUCAGCAACGUGUCCACCAGCCUCUUCAGGCUGCCCGGGGACGUCAUGCUCGGGGGCCUUUUCCCCAUUAACAUUCUCACCAGCAACCUCAGCGAGAGGACGGUGCCCAACAACAUCACCUGUGACAGACUCAGUGAGUUCGGACUGGGCAUGGCUCUGGUGAUGAAAUACGCCGUGGACGAGAUCAACGCCAACAAAGCGAUGCUCCCCGGCGUCAAGCUCGGUUAUGAAAUCUACGACACAUGCAGACAGUCUGCCGUCGUGGUGAAGCCAACGCUCUCCUUCCUCACCGAGAAGCACAAAAAAGCGCUGGCGGUGUCGUGCAACUACACCGACUACGAGACCAGCAUCUCGGCCAUCAUUGGUCCGUACACCUCAGAGAUGGUGUCCGUCAUCGGGAAACUCAUGGGGUUCUUCCUCAUGCCACAGAUCAGCUUUGGAGCCACCAGCGAGAGAUUCAGUGACAACCAUCUGUACCCGUCGUUCUUCCGGACGGUGCCCAGCGACAAGUGGCAGGUGGACGUGAUGGGCCUCCUCAUGAAGGAGUUCGGCUGGAACUGGGUGGCCGUGGUGGGCAGCGAGGAGGAGUACGGUCAGAGAGGCGUGCAGCGUUUCACAAAGAUGGCGGAAAACAUUUCCGUCUGCGUGGCCUACCAGGCCUUUAUACCCGUCUACACCGAUCCCGAACCGGCGGCCAAAACUAUCGUAGAAAACAUCAUCACGGCCAAAGUCGGCGUGGUCAUAGUGUUUGCGAUGACUGCUCCAGUCAAGGUGCUUCUGACGGAGGCCAUCAGGAAGAACGUGACGGCUGUUUGGGUUGCCAGCACCAGCUGGGCCGUCAGCACUCAGAUAACCUCCAUCCCUAACAUUGAAACGAUCGGCACCAUCAUUGCGUUCACGGACAAGACCAGCACCCUGGAGGAGUUCACCGCCUACACAGAAGUGCUCCUGGAGAAGAUGGGCAGGGAGAGGCCGGAGACCGCCCCUCCGACGCCAAAGACUCUGGACCCCAGUAACCCCUGCCCACAGUGCUGGAACAUGUCGCCUGCGAACAUCAGCCUGGUGACGGACCCCGGGGUGCAGCGGUCUGCCUUCAGUGUGUAUGCUGCCAUCUACAGUGUAGGGCAGGCACUGCAUGACUUGCUGAACUGCAACACCACUGCCUGUGACUGGGGGCCCAACACCAAAGUCCUCCCCUGGAAGCUUUUAGAAGUUCUGAGGAAAACGUCCGUCAACAUCAACGGCAUACUCUUAAAGUUCGAUGAGAGCGGGAACCCGAACAUCGGCUACAAUGUGAUUCAGUGGAUCUGGGAGCCCGAACUGCACUUCAGACACGUGGGGACCUUCAUGUACGAGCUCUUCCUCAACAAGUCCAAAAUGUCAUGGCACACUGCAGACUCCCAGGUUCCUCUGUCCACGUGCUCGGCGGAGUGCGAGUCGGGUCAAGUGCGCAGGGUCAAAGGUUUCCACUCCUGCUGCUUCGACUGUAUCGACUGUCUGGCCGGCACCUACCAGGCAAACUACGAGGACAUCCAGUGCACGCCCUGUCCCGAGCGUCAGUGGUCCCACCUGCGCAGCACCAAUUGCACCCCCCCCACCUUCGAGUUCCUGUCCUGGGGCUCCUCCACCGCCCUGGAGAUGAUGCUGGUGGGGGUGCUGGUGCUGGUGUGCCAUGGCGCCGUGGCGGUGGUGUUCCUGCGGCACCGCGGGACCCCCCUGGUGACGGCGUCGGGGGGGGUCCUGGGCCUGGUGGCCCUGCUGGGCCUGAUGGGGGCCUGUUUCAGCCUGCUGCUGUUCCUGGGGAGGCCGGGCGACGUGGUGUGUCGUCUGCAGCUGCCCUUCAUCUCCAUUUUUCAAACCGUGGCUCUCUCCAUCGUCAUGUCCAUCUCUCUACAGAUAUUGUUUGUGACCGAGUUCCCGGAGACGGCGGCCCGCCACCUGCCGAGGAUCAGAGGCCCGUUCAGCUGGCUCUUUGUGCUGACCUGCUGUGCCGUGCAGGCCGGUCUCUGCGGCUGGUUUGUCCAGAACAGCGUCACCCUCUCGCAACAUGUGGCAAACAUGAAAAUAGACUUUGUGAGUAAAUUCCUCCCGUGCCCGGUGUCGCCGUUGCUGGGACUGGCUUUGAUGCAAGGCUUCAACGGCGCCAUGGCCCUGAUUUCCUUCAUGUGCACCUUCAUGGCCGUGAAGCCGCUGCAUCAGUACAACCUGGCCAGGGACAUCACCUUCUCCACUCUCAUCUACUGCGUGGUCUGGGUGGUCUUCAUCCCCAUCUACAUAGGAAUGAAAGACCAGGAAAAGUCCGUCCUACAUGUUUAUUUCACCCUGGCGGGCAUCUUCGGGCUGAUGGGAGCUUAUUAUUUCCCCAAAUGCUACUUUCUGCUGAGGAAACCUGACCUGAACAAACCGGAGCACUUCUGCACCUUCCUGGAGGGGGCGCCGCCGAGACCACUGGAGGACGAGCCGCAGCCUCAGGCCCAGCCGGAGCCUCAGGAUCAGCCUGGAUCUCAGCCUGAGACUGAGACUGAGGGGCAGUAAGGAGGGCGACAUGGGAAAUUACACUUGUGUUUCAUAUAUGAAUCACUUUUAAAUAUGAAUGCUUUGAAAACCGAGUGAAGACAGUUUAGCAGAAUCAUCUUUGUCAAUGAUGUUGACGUCUUUGUUCAUGAAAAUAGCAGUGCUCUUUCACUUGGCCCUGAUUUAUACAUUUAUGCUGUGAAAUGAUGUGUUUAGCUGUUUUUUGUUUUUGUUUUUAAAUUAUUAUUAUUUUCA